UCGAGAACAUGAUUGAGUGGACCAUUCCUAUCUCGAAAGGAUCAGUGUUUUCCUCCAGGAAAUCUUGUGGAACUCAUAAGGAUAGGGUGGCACAGGUCUUACCCUUGGCAUUUUGGAACAAUGUUGUACACAAACACGCUCAUUGGCUGCUCAUAAUUAGUAAACAGUAAUUAAUCAUACAGAUUCCAUGUUCUUUUUACUGAAUUUUGAUGCUUAGGUUGGAGGGCAGAGGCUCCCAUCUAUCUGCAGAAAGAAAAUGCACAACUAGCAAUAUCUAGACGCCAGGCAUUCAUCUUGGUAAGUUCUUAAUCCAGUAGUCUGCUUGCUUAGCUCCUUCCUAUCCCACCUGAUACAGGCAUAAGGACUUCACAUGGCCAAAUUGCCUUCCACAUCUUCAGGCUAAGAUAAAAAUUGCAAUUUUAUAUAAUUUGCUGCUUUGUUGAAACUUUAUCUGGUCCCUGCCAUAUUUCAAGAUUCCAUUCUGCUCAGUGUUUCAAACUCUGUUUUUUUUUUUUUUUUGCUCUUCCCAUUUUCUUUUAGGAUAAACAUGAACUGUUGGAUGCAGGGGUAUGCCAUUAGCUAAUAUCAAAUUUGGUUUGGACCAAUGGUCUCUUUGAUGCCUCUAACCGAUGGCUUCCACUAUUGAUAAAAUAAUCAUCAAAAUCAGUCCUGAUAACAAGCUUAAAAUGAAAAUUGAUGUCAGUAAGCAGUCUCGGGAACUAAUAAUGCAGCUUCUUAGUACCUCCAACACAAGACAGGUAACUGGAUUAACCUGUUCUGUUUUGAUUUAUUUGAGCCUACAAUGUUGUUAAACUAUUCAGAAAACCCAAUGAUUCUUCUCUGUAAUAUGAAAUGAAAAACUAAAGAAAGAAUAGCUUAGACCCCAACAUUUCAGGUCUUCUAUUGUUAUUUCUUUGACCAACUUGAUAUGCAGGUUCCUUGUUUAUUCACCAAAAUCUUUCUCAUUCGAUAUGGUACGAGAACACAUAUAUUCCUUCUCAAGCUAGCCAGUCUGGCUUACCGUCUCCAGAAGAUGGGCAGAUAUAUUGUUUACCUAACCAAUGACCUGUCUGAUUUAAGUGCAUAAAAAAAAUGUUUUCUGCAGGCCAAUGGAGUCCAAACAAAGAGGAGAAGAUUGGCCAGUUGAACCUGAAACACCCCAGAUUUGGUCAUAAACUUGAGGCCUCUUCUUUUGUUGUGGCAGCCACUUCAAAAAAUAAUAAAAAACAAGUCCAAGCUGGAUCGAUGUAUCAGUAGCUAGCUAACAUUGCAUUGUCCUGUUGAUGCAAAAUUUUUAUAAUGGGUAGAAGUAAAAUAAAUUGCAGGUUGGAGGGGAAAAUUGCAAUUGUGACAGGAGGAGCUAGAGGGAUUGGAGAGGCAACAGUGAGGCUUUUUGCUAGACAUGGUGCCAAAGUAGUCAUUGCAGAUUUGGAGGACACGCUUGGAGCAGCGCUUGCUAAUUCCUUAUCUCCUUCAGUCACUUUUGUUCAUUGCGAUGUUAGCCGGGAAGAAGACAUUGAAAACUUAAUAAAUUCAACGAUUUCCCGCUAUGGGCGGCUCGAUAUCCUGUUUAACAAUGCUGGGGUACUUGGGAAUCAGAAAAAGCACAAGAGCAUUGUCGAUUUUGACAUCGAUGAGUUCGAUAACGUCAUGCGAGUGAAUGUGAGAGGAAUGGCACUGGGAAUCAAGCAUGCGGCACGUGCAAUGAUUCCCAGGGGUGGUGGGUGCAUCAUUUCCACAGCUAGUGUGGCCGGAGUCAUGGGAGGCCUUGGUCCACAUGCUUACACUGCUUCCAAGCACGCCAUUGUUGGGUUGACAAAGAACACAGCUUGUGAAUUAGGCCGGUAUGGGAUUAGAGUCAACUGCAUUUCUCCAUUCGGUGUGGCUACAUCCAUGCUUGUUAAUGCAUGGAGAAGCCACGAUGAUGAUGAAGAAGAAGAUUCCAUCAACUUUGGGAUUCCCUGCCAGCAAGAAACGGAGAAGAUGGAGGAGUUUGUGAGAGGGCUUGCCAAUUUGAAAGGUCCAACUCUGAGGGCUAAAGAUAUAGCUGAGGCUGCUCUCUAUCUUGCUAGUGAUGAAUCCAAAUACGUCAGCGGCCAUAAUCUUGUUGUGGAUGGUGGAGUUACCACCUCAAGGAACUGUGUUGGCUUGUAACAAUCUUUUUUUUUUCCCUUUUAGAUUCCCCUCAAGUGUAAAUUUUCAGUUCUAUCAGUUAAAGUCAGCAUAGCAUUGGCAUGAUUGCAAGAUUUUCCACUUUUCCAUGUGUUUUAGGUGUUGAGACAGAGAUGCGGUCGCAAUCAGGGGAAAGAAGCAUAGUUUCAAUUGGCAAAAUGAUUUUUCUUCAAGAUUCAAAGUUCAAACUCACAAAGACUCCUACAAUUCUAAUGUAUAGUUUGUUUUCAAGAAUAAGAUAGGAAA